AUGCGAAUUCUCGGCGAGACCCCUUUCGUGAUUUCACAACUAAACCCUAAUUCGCCGGCCACCACCGGAGGUUUCAUCGGCGGAUGGGUCGGAAAGUGCCAUGGGUUUCUCCACAACUCAAUUCUGGUUAUAGCAGCGAUUCUAUUCGUCGCUUACUUAGCGUACGAGGCGAAGAAGAGCUUGGGCAAGCUCUCGAAUCGGAGAUCUUACAUUAUGAUUGCGUAUUACGGAUGUCUUUGGCUUGUUAGCUUGCUCAAUCUUGCUUGGUGUUGCCUUCAGGUGUGGGAAUGUACACCUGGGAAAGAAGUGGUUUGGAAUGUAUUGACUUUGUUUACAACGUCUGGAAUGUUGUUUCUGGAAGUGAGCUUGGUAGCCUUUCUGUUCCAAGGAAACUAUGCGAGUGGCGCUGAAGCAUUGACACGGACUUUCCUCAUCUCGGGGCUUGUUAUUGGUUUUGAUUUGCUUCUUAAGGCGAUCUAUCUCUUCGGAUUUGGGGUACAGUUGUUUAUUGACAACAAUGAACAUAUACAAAAGGUCAAAUGGGGAUUAUGGGUCAUCCACAAACUCUUGCUUGCGGCCAUUUAUGGGAUGAUAUUCUUCAUGUACAACUCUAAGUGGAGAGAAAGAUUACCAGCAAGACCUGCUUUCUACAAGUACAUAACUUGCAUGCUCGCCUUAAAUGGACUUUCCCUAUGUGCAUGUACUCUUGCGGCAAACGGAGCUCACUUUGGAUUAUGGUUGUAUGGGAUCACAAGUGUUUGUUACCACGCCUUCUAUCUUCCACUUUUGUAUGUUACUUUCCUUGCAGACUUUUUCCAGGAAGAAGAUCUGAACUUGGAGAAUGUCUACUAUUCAGAGAUGAAAGAUGCUGGAUUCUUUGACGCUGAUUGGGAAUAA